AUGGUAGUGGUCGGGAUGAUGUUGGUGGUUGCCGGCGAUUAUAAUGGUGGUCGGUUGCCGGAUUAUGGUGGUCGAAUGAUGGUGGCCGGCGAUGUGGUUGGUGGCCGACGUGGGAUCAUACGAUCACUAAUCAUGUCUAACAUAGAAGAAAAUAGAGUAGGGAGCAACUCUAACCCUAUUGUUCCGAGCAAUGAUGAAAGUGAAAUGGAUUACGAGUCUGACAUUCAUAGUUACACCAGCUACGAACUUAUUCUGCGUCAAGUUUUAAGAGCAGGAGAAGCUGAUAGUGAUGAUGAAGCCCUUCCUGUUUUGAGACCUGAUAGUGAUUCUGAGCCUGAGAUUGAGUUUGAGUUUGAGCCUGAACCUGAGCCCGAGCCUGAGCCCGAGCCUGAGCCCGAGCCUGAGCCAGAGGAAGAUAAGCAUCAACUUUAA